AUGUCUGGCCGCAACAGGAAACGAGCCCGCGCAGACGAGGACGCCGAGAUGGCCGACGAUGCGGCGCCGAUGGCGGCCGGCUCGCCUUUUGCCAAGAAGCGACUGCGGCUGGCGAGCGCUGCGGCGGCGCUCACAGCAGCACCGACGACGCCCCAGACGCCGCGGACGGUACAUACGAUAGCGUCGGCGAUCACAGGCGCGCUCGCGUACGGGGCAAACCAGGUGAGGCGGACGGAGUGCGAGCUGGACGGGACAAGAAGAGAAAAGGGCGAGGCGUACGAUGCGUACGACGAGUACGAUGUCGACCAAAACAAAGACACGCUCGUCGAUUCGGCCGUCGGUUCGACCACGCCGUCGCGGCGGAAGAAACGCGACCCUCUCGGCAACCUGGCCAUCGACGGGACCGACCGGCUGAAGAGCGGCCUUGACCUGGGUCUGUCGCGGAGCCAACGGGUGCGCAACACGCUUAAGAAGUUUGAAGAACGUGUACAGGGCGGCGGUGGUGGUAGGAGUCGGGCACGAGAUCGGACGAGCGGCACCGCAACGGCAGCGACAAGACCAAAGUCACCGGUCAAGGCCCGGACCGUUCUGCGUGGGAAGCCGGAGUCGGUAAAGGAGGGACAGGAAAAGAUGCAGAGAGACCAAAACGACAACGACGACGACGACGACGACGAGGUGUGUGCCAUCUGCGGCAAGCCCGAGUCGGAACCGCCCAACGAGAUCCUCUUCUGCGACCGCUGCGACCUGGCCGUCCACCAGCAGUGCUACGACGUGCCGGUCAUCCCGGUGGGUGACUGGCUGUGCAAGACGUGUACGUCCGGAGGCGUGGCCGAGGGAGUGGCCGAGAGCGGCGUGCCGUUGCAGCCCAAGGCAGAGUUUGCACAGCAGAAACCACCAUCACAGACCAUUGCCCACUUUGAGCAGCAUCUGCAGGGGCUGCAGCGCGUGCUGCUAGACCGCUGCACCGGCCGCCGACGGCUGCGGCUGCGCGGCCAGGACGAGGCCUGCGACAAGGUGCGCCAGCUGGUCGAGCAGACAGUGGUGGCGGGCGAGGGCAACUCGAUGCUCGUCAUCGGGGCUCGCGGCAUCGGCAAGACAGCCCUGGUCGAGACGGUGCUAGACCGCAUGGCGACCGAACAUGGCGACGCCUUUCACGUCGUGCGCCUCAGCGGCUUCGUCCACACGGACGACCGGCUGGCGCUGCGAGAGAUCUGGCGCCAGCUGGGCCGAGAGAUGGCCGUGGAAGAUGAGGUCGUGAGCAAGACCACCAGCCAUGCUGACACGCUAGCAUCGCUACUCGCCCUGCUCUCGCACCCGUCCGAGAUGGGCGAGGCUGUGACCACCGACAGCAGCUCGGCCGACCCCAAUAGCGCAGUCACUUCACGUUCUGUCAUCUUCGUCAUGGACGAGUUCGACCUCUUCGCGACGCACCCGCGGCAGACGCUGCUCUACAACCUCUUUGACAUUGCCCAGGCUCGCAAGGCGCCCAUCGCCGUGCUCGGCCUGACCACCAAGAUCGACGUCGUCGAGAGCCUGGAGAAGCGGGUCAAGAGCCGGUUCAGCCACCGGUACGUCUACCUGUCGCUGCCGCGCAGCCUGCCCGACUACUGGGACGUCUGUCGCCAGGGGCUCGUCGUCGACGACGAGGACGACGCCCGGCGCGAGCACAUGGACACCGCCCUGGCCGGCUUCUCCGCCUUCCAGCAGUGGUGGAACCAGAUGAUCGAGAAUCGGCGCCGUGAGCCGGCUCUACAGAGCCAGCUCGAGUUCCACUACCACAGCAGCAAAUCGGUGCCGGCCUUCUGGACAGCCUGCAUCAUGCCGCUGGCAGCGGUGUCGGCAGCGGCGCCGCGCCUGCAGAUGCCGGCCGUCGGCAGCGACAGCACAACCCCGAUCGGCUCGCUGGAGGCGCCCGACUCGAAGCUGCAGCUGCUGGCAUCGCUGUCAGAGCUGGAGCUGGCGCUGCUGAUCGCGGCCGCCCGUCUAGAUAUUGUGCUCAGCACGGACACGGUCAACUUUGCCAUGGCGUACGACGAGUAUGUCUCGCUGAUGGGCAAGCAGCGCGUGCAGUCGUCGCUGGCGUCGUCGGCUCCGGCCAUUGGGGCUGCCGUGGCCGCCGCGACCCGACGAACACCCGGACGUCCGGCCGGUUCCAGUUCCGGUUCUGGCAUCGUCGUCGGCGGUGGCGCGCGCGUGUGGGGUCGCGGUGUGGCAGCACGGGCAUGGGAGCGGCUGGCCUCGCUGGGACUGCUGCUCCCGGCCGGUCUCGGCGGUGCUGGUGGUGCUGGAGCGACGGGUGGGCUGGAAGGACGGAGCAUGUGGCGGGCCGAGGUGGCACUCGAGGAAAUCCCGGCAGCAAAGGGCAUCCGGCUGGGCACGAUGCUGUCUCGAUGGUGCAAGGAGAUCUGA